UGCAUUGCAUUGGCCCCUCCUGGCCGAGGCUUCACUUGACUGAAGCGAGGAAGCUCAUUAACCGGCCGCUUUGGGGGGGUUCCGGCUGGCUUUCGGCGCGCUUGCUCGGGUCUCCGCUCCCAAGCUGGACGCGGCGGCAUGGGGCACCGUGCAGAGGAGGCGCCCCUUUCCCUGCUCCUCUUACUGUUGGUUUCCUGCCAUGGUCGUAUUGUGAAGGUGCCUGAAGGACCAUUAAUACGAGUUGAGGGAACCGAAGUGGUGAUUCCAUGUAAUGUUAGUCAGUAUGGUGGACCUAGUGAGCAGAACUUUGAUUGGGAGUUCUCGGCAAAUCUUGGUCAGGAUUCUAAGUUUGUACACAUAUUGAGUACAUGGGACCCUUGGUUUAUGUCUCCAGAAUAUCAAGAUCGGGUUAAUAGGGGAGAGAUCACGUUAAGGCGAGAAAGCAACAGUGCUGUGGAAUUCGUGAUUGGAAAUAUUCGUCCUACUGAUCAAGGGAUUUACCGAUGUACUACACCCAGCACAGACAGUGUCGUCCAGGGAAACUACAAUGAUGUAGUUGAAGUUAAAGUGAUUGCAGACGGGUUAACUGUUACUGGAUCGAACUUGUACUCCUCAUCAACUUGGAACGUAUCAGAAGGAGAUACAUUUCAAUUACGUUGUUCAGCUUCUACCAAUUCUACCGAACACACCCAUCUGCAAGUGUCUUGGGAGUUCAGGAGUGACCAUGUUUGGCAAGAAAUCCUUUCCCUGACACACGAGGGCAAGUUCCGGACUGGCUCAGAAUACAGUGACCGCUAUAUCAGUGGGGAUGUGCGCCUAGAUGCAAUGGCUAAUGACAUUUACAGCCUGUCUCUGUCCCAGGCUCUUCCAACAGACGAAGGUGCUUAUAGGUGUCAAGUGAGUGAGUGGGUUAAAGGUGCAGAUGGUUCAUGGCAAAAGAUCCAAGAGAAGACUGCUGAUAUAGUAAAUUUGGUGGUGAAACCAACAUCUUUAGAUGUGUUCAUCACCAGAAACAAUAUAUCUGUAAUGGAACGAGAAUCCCUUGAACUUACUUGCAACAUCACAACGGACAGAAGUGGUAUUUUCCAAACAGAAAUCACAUGGUACUUCAAUGAAUCUCCAGAUGGCACCAUGGCAGAGGCUCAGGUUUUGCUGAAUGCCGACCGUGAUUUAGUAAUUAGUGACUCCACCUUUAUCAGCCCCAGCCAUGUAGAUCGAAGUAAUUACAACCUGUUGAUACGUGAUGUAGGCACUGAAAACUCUGGUUACUACUACUGUCAAGCAGCUCUGUGGGUGCCACAACACAAUGGCAGCUGGCACAAGGUAGCAGAGAAGAUAUCCGUACCAGUCACUGUGGAAGUGGUGACAUUGGAACCAAAUUACUACGUAUUUUUGAAUGCUUCUAAAACACCGCUGUUUGCUGAGGAUCCCACAGAGCUUGAAUGUAGGAUCAUGGAGGUACAGAAUGCCGAGACAAAUGUUUAUUUCACUGUGUCCUGGUACUAUAGGAUGCCCACACGCAGUGAUGAAGUGGUAGAAUAUGAACUUCUGGCCACUAUGGAUGCAGACUGGACACUGGUACUUGGGGGGAAAAGCAAACAACGUGCUCAGAAUGGGGAAAUUAUUUUCUCUAAACCAAAGGUAGACACCUUCCGUUUACGAAUCCAAUGGACUUCUGAAACCGACAGAGGAGAAUAUUAUUGUGUAAUUUCUUCAUGGAGCAGACAGCGCAACAACAGCUGGAUAAAGAUCAAGGAUGUGGCUUCUACGCCUGUAAGCAUUUUAUGGUCUACACAAGAUUACACAUUGACUGUAGAAGCUGUGAAGCUGAAACCAUUCUUCAUGGCAGGGCAUACAUUUGAAAUGACCUGCAAGGUGUCAUCCCAGAACAUCAAGACUCCUCGUUAUUCAGUCCUCAUUACAGCAGUGAAGUCUCUUAGUAAUCGGACAAGAUCAAACGGGACUACUCGUAUCAUUUCUCUCAAUCAAGAUUCAGUAGUUAGGCGGGAAGACUGGACAGACCAGGACCGGGUGGAUGGUGUAGUCUUGGAAAAGAUUCAAGAAAAUGAGUUCCGCUAUAGGAUGUACCAGACUCAGAUUUCUGAUGCCGGGCUAUAUCGCUGUGAGGUGACUGCAUGGUCACCAGGGGGUGGAGGCAGAUGGCGGAAGGCGGUUGAUGGUUUCUCCAAUCCUAUCCAGAUAGACUUCCAGACCUCAGGACCUGUUUUUAAUGUUUCAGUGCAUUCAGAUAAUCCAACCAUUUAUCGAGGUGAUCUGGUAAACUUGUUUUGCAUCAUCACCAUUGAAACAACAAUGCUUGAUCCAGAUGACAUGUCAUUUGAUGUCUCCUGGUUUGCCACACGCUCUUUUGCAAUGGACAAAGAACCUGUUUUCCUAGCCUCGCUAGAUCGGAAGGGGAUAGUGACACAGGCAAGAAGAAAUGGGAGCAGCGAUCUCAGCUUAGAGAGAAUUUUCCCUAUGGAGUUCCGACUUAGAGUUCAUGGCUGUGAAGACCAUGAUUUUGGCAACCACUUUUGUUUGGUAACACCUUGGGUGCGGUCAGCUACAGGUGUUUGGCAACAAGAAAAGGAAAUAAAAUCUAAAGCAAUUCUUGUAACUGUGAAGAUGGAUGUGCUGAAUGCUUUCAAGUUUCCACUGUUGAUUGGCAUUGGUCUAUCUUCAGUUAUCGGACUUUUAUCCUGUCUGAUUGGCUAUUGUAGUUCCCGUUGGUGUUGUAAGAAGGAAGUUCAAGAAACUAGGCGAGAGCGCCGGCGCCUUAUGUCUAUGGAAAUGGACUGAAGAAGAGAGAUGGAUGGCCUUAUUUUGGGGACAGAGGGAUUUUGGAAGGGCCAGAUUUACUCAGAUUUCAGUGUGGUGAACCAACAGAACCAUCUGACCUUGUUCUGGAUCUGGAGCUGCUUUUUCUACCAAUGUUUCACAUUGAGAACACAUGUUGUGUUUGUCAGCAUUUAGCUCUUUUUCCAAUGGCACUUUUUAUUCGGAUAGCUAUUUCAAAGGAAAACUGUUCCACAGACUUUUAAAUAAGAUCCACUACCAAAAGUUGUGAUUUACAAACAAAAACGAAACCCUUUUCUUAUUUAAUAGGAGGGUGGAAUUGAAAUUGUUUGCAUAAAAUUAAAAAGUCUGCCUUAUAACUAAGUGACCUCUAGGUAACAUCUCUAGAGAAGGAAGGA